ACCUCUCAUCUCCUUCCCGUCUCUCUAUGGUACCUUAACGUGUGGCUCUCGUAGAGACGGGAGACCGAGGUGGCUUUUUCCGCCUAGAGAAUGCGUUGUUUUGAACCCCCUACUGGACCGCUCUGUUUUUGGUUGUUCCUCUACCUGUCUAUGGUUCUCUUAAAGGGGCCACUUGGCUUCCAGAGCUGCGGUGUCCCGAGAUGCUACUUAUGGUGAAGGCGCUCCAGGGCCGGGAAUGCAGCCUCCAGGUCUCCCCUGAUGAGCGCAUCUCCUCUCUCAAGCGUCUGGUCUCAGAGAAGCUGAAUGUCCCAGUCUCCCAGCAGCGCCUGCUCUUCAAAGGCAAAGCUCUGGCAGAUGAACACCGUUUGUCCGAUUACUCUAUUGGGCCUGAGUCGAAGCUCAACCUUGUGAUCAAGCCUUUGGAGAAGGCAUCACCUGAGGAUCCUAGCUGCAGAGCUGGUCUCCCACCGAGUCCGGCCAUCUGGCACACACUGGCCCAAGUCCUGAGCAGGCAUUACAGUGUGGCUGAUGCUGAGAAAGUGCUGGAGCAGGUGCAGAAGGAUUAUGAACGGAGCCUUCGACUACUGAGCCUGGAUGACAUAGAACGUUUAGCCACGCGCUUGCUUCAUCCUGAAGUAGCUGAGGCUGUGGAAAUGGGGUUUUUGGAUUAGCUGCUGAAUUGGAGGAUUGAGCCCUAUGCACCACUUUGGACAGAAAACCCGUGGGCAGGGCCCAGUUUGGGGCCUAAUGGGAGUGAUCUCUCUGGGCUGCUGUUAAAGGGUGGUGAAGUAUCUGUAACUUCUCCCCAUCAAUUAAAGGUGGUGAUAGGUGAGACCAAUCUGUCUAGUAUGUUCAACAGAAGUGGGAGAAUGGCAUUCUUUAGAGAAAUUGCUUGCCCUUUCUUGAGAGAUUCAGUUAUCUUUGCAGUUGAGGAUGGCUUAGUUUAUAUUUGGAUUUCUUGUUUAACCCCAAAGCCUGGUUGCAUCUAAUAGACUCCUGUUUACUGUUUUACCCAAAGGCCUUUCUGGGAAUAAAGUUCACUAAAGCUUACAGGCAGGAAAUCAAAUCUGAAUAAUUUAAAUUUGAAGUAUGACUUUUUCAGAACUUUAGCAUUGAUACUCUCCAGAAUGAAUACGUAAGCUUUGGUAAUACAAGAGCUUAUUCUGAGUCCCCUGUGUAAUCAGCAUUAUUGGACAAGAAAAGCGUUUGUCAAAUGUUUUAGAUCGUUAAAUGUUUCAAGAUACCAAACAACUGAAUGUUAAUCAGAUGACUAAGCAGUGUUUACCAGCAGAGUUCUGUAUAUAUCUGCACAUCUAAUAUUUCCUAGCUAAGCCCAAUUGAGUCCUUGUAGCAGUGCAUUCAAUUGCAACCUAGAGCACACUCCUAAAUUUGCCGGUUCAUUGCCCAAAGCACUCUUCCCCAACUUAGGUGCCUUCCAGAUGGGUGAGGGGAGCGUCAACUUCCAGAAUUCCCAAUCAGCAAGUCCACACAUCUAGAGGGCAUCCAAGUUGGGGGAGGCUGGGCUCAGGCAUUGUUAGCAUGAGGCAGCAGAUGCCCCAGAAAAGCAGAUCCACUGCCUUGGCUAAAAAUAAGCCCCCUCUAGCUAAGCCCCACUUCAUGCGGCAGCAUUUUUGAUUGCAGAUCCUGAAAACGGUAAAGUUACAGGUUGAUCAUAAGCCACACAGAGAAGGAUUGUGUCUAUGUCAGUCUGACCCCUUAUUUUGUGGGUGCAUCUCUAUUUCUGAUGCAGAGCUACACCAGAACAGGAUUUGUUUAAGUAACUUUUGACUCCAGUGAAAGAAGAAACACAAAAGAUCUCCUGCCUAAUUUCUUUGUGUUGUUUUCUUAUCCUUAUGGAGAUGGUUUAGAUAAAGCAGAUAAAAAUAUGGCAUCCAGCCUUCCAUGAAAAUGUGAAUACGAUUGCUCUGUAAAUCAUUGAUAAAUCAUGAUAUUCAACCUCAAUUUUAGAAUUAUGACUGUCUUAGUAAUUAAUGUUUGUUUAAUUUUGAAUGCAGCAAGAGCAAAAAGCUAUGCUUAUCAGUUACAAAAUGCUUUCUGUCGUUCUGAGAAAGUGCAGAGGUUUUGAUUUUUUUUUUUAAAGCUUUGUUCCAGCAACUCAUUUUGUACAGAAGAUGCAAGAGGUUUCCUCUGCCUGUACAACGGCACUCAGACAUUGUGGUUCUUUUGGGAUACUGCAAACAUAAGAGCAGGCCUGCUGGCUCUGCCUUGUGGAAAGAAGUGCUGUCUUUCAUCAGUUCUAAAUCUCCUUUUGGUGAGUGUCAUUGGAUGUCCCCAAUGCUAGGGCUUUGGUGGGGACAGACGUUUUUCCAUGCCAUGCUUGAUUUUAUACUUCUCAAGGAGGUCCCUCCAACGUCACUUGUCUUUUAAGGUAGGGUCCCAAAUGUUCUAGCCUUUUCUUAUAAAGAAGGCAUCUGCUAUCUCUAAUCAUUUUGGUUGCCCUCCUCUGCGCCUUUUCUAGCUCUAUUAACACUUUCUUCAAACAUGGCUACCAGAAUUGUAUGGAAUAUUACAGAUGUGGAUGUAAGGGCAUUACAGUGUUGGCAGUUUUAUUUUUGGUCCUUUUUGUAACAAUCCAUAGUAUGGCAUGUACCUCUUUCAUAGCUCUAGCACAUGAAUCAGCACCUUCACUGAGCUAUCAGCCAUGACUCCAUGUUCGUUCUCCUGGUUAGCUAUUGAAAACGCAAACCACAGACCUGAAAAUGGUAACUCUAAUUAAUUUAUUCCUGCUGUUUAAUAAAAAUGGGAGCUUCUCAUAAGUUUCCAAAUGGUGGUGGAACAAUUCAGACUCGGUCAUCUGGAGCCACACAAUUUAGAAGGAACAAAAAACAGAGCUGUGUGUUUUCCACAAUGCUGUAAUCUCAGCAGAAUUCUGUACCACAAGUUGAAAUAGAUACAGCAGGAAUUGAGCUCUGCUUUUGAUUAGAGCAAUGGCACCGGGAGAUGGAAAAUUCUCUGCUUCUUCCUGCCACAGUAUCUGAUGUCAUUAUGUGAUCAGGGUUCCCCCCACCAAAUAAGAUGCUAUGAACGCCUAAAUUAGGAAAAUUCUGGAUGCGGUGUAUCAAAGUUGCAUGCUUUGUGUGCACAUGUGUGCUUAAAUAUUAAAAAAAUGCAGGAGUCGUAGGAACUCUUGAUUUGUGUAUGUGUGGUAAAGGGAUAUAGCAACACUUUGUAUUCCCCCUCUGGAGGCUCUGCCUCAGAUCUCCUUCAUCACAUAUGUUUCAACUGCAGGCAUGCUUCUGGAUGAUUUGUAAAGUAUGUAGCUUAUGUGGCAAUGUGAAUGCAGAAUAAUCAAGAUAUCUUCACCUUGGGUUACUAGUAUCAAAACUAAUAGUAUUGCAAUAGUAUUGAUUAUGCUGUCAGGUUAAGAUACUGAAUAGGCCAGUUUAGCUUUUCCCUG